CGGUCGUGCGCUGUACACUGAUUGGUCCGUCGUGCUUACGAUAAUUAAAAAUAGUGAACUGUUAGAUCUUUGUUGUUUCGAUUUGUGGCACUCAUGAAUUUACAUAUUUUGUCAACUAAAAACUGACGUAAAUGUUGUGUUAUUGGUGAUUUAUGAAUUUGUUAUUGGGUGUUGUGAUGUGUUUUUGAGAUGUGAUGGCCUCUAAGAUCAGGAUGGCAAUUUGGAUACGAAAUAUUAUAAGACUGGUGCUGGUUUUGAACCUGUUCCAUCUUGGAUCCCCUCAGACCACGGUGUCUACACCUUCUAUCACGCCAUACCCUUCAGAGGUCCACCAGAUGAUACAACAGAGGAUAGUGAAGGGCCAGCCAGGGUCGUGGUCUUCAUGGUCACCCUGGACCCCUUGUACGAGGUCGUGUGGGGGAGGAGUUACCAUACAGACCAGGGAGUGCCGGUCCAAGCCUCUUGGAAGGCACAGAAGAAGAGUUCACUCAAUCGAGACGCAACAUCACUGUGUAGGCUUGUACAAAAGAAUACACAUCUGUAACACGAAGGAAUGCCCGGGCACGACGGACUUCAGACAAGAACAAUGUUCGCGCUACGACGGUCAGGAGUUCUUAGGAAGAGCUUACACUUGGGAGCCGUUCAUGGAAGCUCCCAACCAGUGUGCUCUCAACUGUCGGGCGAAGGGGUUCCGAUUCUACGCCACCCUGAACGCCUCAGUAGAGGAUGGUACUCCUUGCAGAGGAUACAUCAUAGGCCACGACACCGACCGCUGGGUCUGCAUAGCUGGACAGUGCAAGCACGUUGGAUGCGACGGUGUGGUUGGCUCCGACCAAAGAUACGACUCAUGUGGAGUGUGUGGGGGCAACAACAGCACCUGUCGGGUCAUAUCUGGACUUUUCACACAACCUCAGUUGCCUGUGGGGUACAACCUCAUCACCCAAAUACCUCAGGCAGCUUGCAACCUCACCAUUACCGAAUUGAAACGCAGCAGAAACUAUCUAGCUCUUCGAAAGGUUGACGGGACCUUUAUCCUGAAUGGCAACUGGGCAAUAAACUGGUCUGGGCAGUUUGAUGCUCUGGGGACCCAGUUUACGUACCACAGAGAAGACGAAGAUAUAUCAGAGUCCAUAACAUCGCCUGGGCCCUUAGCAGAGCCUCUGGAUCUCAUGGUAAUAUACCAGCAACCCAACCCUGGGAUCAGGUACCAGUACCAACUGCCAGUGACACCCCAAGACAACGCCAUUGGUGUCUAUAAGUCCAGGGACUCUCCUAUGGCAACACUGCUCAGACAAGCAGAUGCCCCAUCACCUCCGAAAGAAAAAGUAAACGAUAAAAAUGUUGAAACCAGGUUCAAUGGGAAACUAUUUCCAUAUGGAAACAAUGUCCUUGGUUCAGAACUUCAAGGUUAUUCUGGGGAUGAGGCUCCCAAACCGAAACCGAAAGGAAAGAAACGAAAAUUCGCUUGGAAGAUAACUGGGUUCUCAGAAUGCUCUAAAUCUUGUGGCGGAGGAGUUCAGACUGCUGUGGUUGUCUGCAUCCGGGAACACAAUCAGCUGAAGGUCCCGGAUAAAAGAUGCGCCAGUCUGGUGAAACCAUCUGCACAAGUGAUGCGGUGCAACUUAAAACCAUGUGUAGCAGAGUGGGUAGGCGGAGAAUGGAGCGAGUGCUCAGUCACGUGUGGCGAAGGAGUGCAGUCCAGAGAGAUCCUAUGUAGACAGCAGAUCACCCCCACCCUGACCAUGACAGUGGCGGAGGGUGCAUGUCUAACCCCUCCAUCCCCUCUCCUCACACGGACCCGUCCUUGUCAGAGACCGUCGUGUGGGGUGGGGACACCAGUCGCUACUGCGGGGCAGUGGACCGUCGGGGCUUGGAGUCAGUGUUCUGCCAAGUGUGGUCAAGGUGUUCAGACAAGAAGCGUUCUGUGUCCGUCGGGAGAUUGUAACGUCAACGAGCGACCAGCUACUGAGACAUCGUGUACACUCCCUCCAUGUCAGACACACAGACACUCGCAUGUGUGGCUGUACACUGACUGGACCCAGGAGUGCUCAGAGAGUUGUGGCACUGGUGUACAGAAGCGCAGAAUCGUCUGUUCUGCGGGGCCCAAGAUGGAGAAUCUGUGUGAUGUUAGUCUGCGGCCUGACAACCAAAGAUCGUGUUCCAGCGACAAGCAAUGUGGAGCCCUCUGGUUCACAGGCCCUUGGAGCCCGUGUACUGCCAGCUGUGGCUGGGGGAAGCAGACUCGAAGCAUCAUCUGUGUAUCCAAGCCGCAGGGAGGAGGACAGAUGUUCCCAACAGCUGAUGACAAUUGUAGAGCGAGCGACAAACCAGCGGCCGAGCAGCAGUGCAAACUGCAACCUUGCGGUGCCGAGUGGUACAUGGGAGAAUGGUCUCAGUGCUCGAGAUCUUGUGACACAGGCGUGCAGCGUCGGGACGUCAGGUGUUUGGACGAGUCCCAACAAGUGGGGAUGGGAUGCAGUGAGACUUCCAAGCCACCAUCACGACGCUCUUGCAACUCACACAAGUGCCCUAACAUAGAGAGUGAGAAAAAAGACAGCAGUGUUCAGACGAAUGAGAGCCUGAGAGACCAGCCUCAGAUUCAAAAUGUGACAAAACCAGAGGACGGAGACUGCAAAGACAGGUUCCGCAACUGCCAUCUUGUGGUUCAAGCAAGACUGUGCAAGUACAAGUACUACCGAAGCUCUUGCUGUCAGGCUUGCCAACAGCACAAACUGUGAGACACGGAGCAGACUGCCCAACUUGACAAACUGUUAACAAUCGUCAGCAAGAGCACCAGAUUGACAGACUGUUAAAUAAUCUGCUCUUGCGCAAACUGUGAACGAUCUACGAAUCAGUCUUGCCAUUCCACUAUCAUCACAAUCACUGUCGAUGUUCCGUUUUUCAUUUGAUGUUUUCUAGAUUUACGCUUGUUACUUUCUUUUACUCUCUUGUAUUUUUAUAAAUUUUAUGUACCCGCAUCCCACCACAAGAUUGUAAUUGUGUAAAUAGCAUUGAGUUUGUACAUUUUACCUUACUUCAGUAUUCGCUGGUCUUUGAAGUAGAGAAGUCAAAUGACCAGAUAUAGAGUUAUGUAAUUAUGUUAGUUUGAAUUAUGUAAAUGCUGUAAAUCUAGCUAUUAAUAUAUGUACUUAUAUGUGUUAAGCUGUAUAUUAAUUCUUUAGUUGAUUUUUAAGGUUUUAUUUUUAGGAUUUAAAGUGUUCAUUUUUAUAGAAGUAUAGCACACUAAAUGUAUUUUUUAUUUAUGUUGUCAUAAGUCAUAACAGGGAAAAUCUGAAUCUUACUAAGUAAGUAACUUUUAUACUCGUAAAAACACUUUCUAAAGAUGUUGGUAAAGACUGAUUAAGUUUCAACAUAAUAGGAUGUUUUUUUUUUUUAUUAUGUAGAACCCUGCUCAAAAAAACUGAAUUACAGUGAUUUUAUUGCCAACCUUCUUCUGCUUUUUAGCAUUACUGAAUUUGCAACAACAUAAUUUACAAAUACUUUUAUUCACACAUUCAUUGGACUAAUAAAACGCUCUACAAAUGUUCAAGAAAAUUCGAAGCAUAUUACGUGUUAUGAUCUUAAUGGACACACAUGGUUCAAACAUUUAUUCUUUUAACAAUAAUGGUUAAAGAUGUUAUUUAUUUUUACCAUUUUUUUUUUUUACCUUAUUUAAUAUUGGUAGGAAUAUUUAUCAAUCCUAAUUAUAGUUACUAUCACUUGCAUCACUGUUAAUUUAGUUUUUUUUUUAUUUUGGGUACUUGUAAACGCUCAUAAAGUGCUACAGCCCAGGGAUUUUAAAAUCAUUCAGUGAGGCAUAAUGGUGGGUCAAUAGAUGUGCCAACUAAAAUUAUUAAUCCUAAAUAGUCCUAUGACAAAAAGAAAUUGGCAACCAUCAUGCCAGUAGGGCAAAGCAUCCUAAUAGUACUCCUUCCCCAUCCAAAACUUAAUAAAUGAAAUAUUAUAAGGGUUAUUGAGUGUAAAUUAUACAUUUUCUAACAUAGCCUAUAAAGUUGACUGGAUUUGUGUUUGACCUUGUAAAAUUUUUAUUUUACGAGAAGGCUCAGAACCAAACCUUUCAGUAUCCCUCCUUGAAAUCCUAGCACUAGUAUUCAAUUUUCAGAAAAAGAUAAGUCUAGUAAAAAUAUUAUUGAUUUAAUCUGAAUAACAUAAAUUACUAACUCAAAAUUUAAUGGUUUCAAAAUGACCCCAUCGAUCUCUUAAACCUUCAACAUAAACAGAAUUCUAGAUUUUUUUCCACCCCAAAUCAGCGAUUCCAUAAAGUACCAGAAAUUUUUUGUAGAUUUUUUUAACACUUUGUAGAAAACGUGAAAUUUUUUAAAUAACUUUUCACCUUUUUUUACCAAAGAACAAGAUUUUAUUUCAAAAUAUGAAAAACUUGAAUUACCUAUACACUUUUUAGUAUUUUCUGUCAAUAUACGUUCACUGGAAAUAAAAAUGACAUGAUUUUGUCUAAGGUUGGCUUUUUGGACAAAGUGGAGAAAUAUUUGUAAGACCGAACAAUUUUAAUCUAAGUUUCAUAAGCUCUCAUUUGUUGACAAAGUUAAAACUAGUUUUUCAUUAUGUUUGUGGAUGUUUCAAGCAAUUUUUUUUUAUUUCUUUAUGAUUGCCCGUCAAACUUCUUAAAAAAGUCUUUUAAGCCUUUCUGAUGACUGGGAUGUCAAGUAAUUGGUCUGGAUUUUAAAACCUUUCGCUUCUCUAUCGCCGGUCAGUAUGUUACAGCCAUUUUAUUAGGAAUAACUCUUUUUCAAUGAUUUAUUUUUUUUAUCACUUAAUUGUAAGAUGUCUGUUUUGUUUCAUGUAACAACUUCAAUCUGGGAUCAUAGUUAUGUACUAAAAAGUUAAAAUACAGAUUAUUCUCAUUUAAAAUGUUUAUGCUUGGUUAUUAAUAAUGUUUAACUUGAUUAUUAAUUGAACUACACAUACAUUUUAUUACACUCUUACUAAAUCAACAAAUACCAAAGGAAGUGUCUUAAGAUGUAUAGGGAUGAGUUGUUUGUUUAAUUUAACAAUUAACACAGUUUUGUAGAUUUAAUUCACUCUAUUAUUAUUUAUUAAUUAAUCUGCUGCUAAUUAAAAGUAUUAUCUGGUAUUCUUAACAAUAACUUUGAGAGGAUUAUUUAAUGAUCACAAGAUGAAUUAGUCAUCGUUAGCUUGAUUAUUUCAGUUUAGCUCUUAAACAAACAAUAUUGUAGUUUUUUAUAGAACAUUAAAUUGAAUUUAAAUUUUAUAGCAAUCAAAUUAGGAAUGAGUAGGAGUUUUGUUGUAUCAUCCCAUUACCUGGUCCCAUGGACACUGUAAUAUAUUUGUAUAAAUCUCCUUGUCAAAAUGAGCAAGACAAGUUUUCAUUCUUUAUAAAAGUGUUUUAAGAAAAAGCUGUGAUGUGAACUAGAUAACAUUAUAGGAUACCAAUAAAAU